GUUGUUCAUAUAGCGGCGCCAUUUUAAGAGCGUUCUCAUCUCUUACUCGCUUGGCACCGGUCACCGUCCUUUACUUCGGAGAAUUUCUCAAAGAUGUCUGACGAAGGUAAACUAUUUAUUGGUGGACUCAGCUAUGAGACCACGGAGAAUUCUCUGGAAGAGGCCUUUUCCAAAUAUGGCACUAUUGCUAAAGUUGAUGUCAUUAGAGAUCGUGAAACUGACAGGUCCAGAGGCUUUGGAUUUGUAACGUUUGAAAAUCCAGAUGAUGCAAAGGAUGCAAUGGCUGCUAUGAACGGCAAGACUGUUGAUGGUAGAACCAUUCGUGUUGAUGAAGCUGGUAAAUCCGGUGGGAGAUCUGGUGGUUUCAGAGGUUCUGGUGGAAGGGGAUUUUUCAGAGGUGGCAGAGGAAGAGGGGGUGGUGGUUAUGGGGGUGAUAGAAGUUAUGGUGGUGAAAGAAGCUAUGGUCGUGGAGGUGGUGGCUAUGGUGGUGACCGUGGUUAUGGAGGCAGAGAUCGAAGCUAUGGCAGUGGUGAGAGGAGCUAUGGUGGAGGCGGCGGCUACUCAAACAGGAGUGGAGGCUACUCAGGUGGUGGUGGAGGAGGAGGAGGAUACAGAGACAACAGGAACCAGGGUGGCUAUGAGCGUUCUUCUUUUGGUUCCUAUAGAGACAGCUAUGACAGCUAUGGUAUGUACAGAACCUCUGAAUUGCUCAACACAGAUUUGUAACAGAAGUGUAAAACUGAGUCCAUUCUGUCCUUGUCAACAUAGAUAUUGACUGACUAGCAGUCUUUUUGAGACUUUGGCGUCAUGUUAAAAUGUAGCACAAAUGCUUGUUUAAUACAGCAUUCAUUCCAAAAGAAACAGUUCUCCAUCACUUCAAAAUCUACGAACAGUUGACUUAAUAUGCAGAUGGCCAUUAGUUUAUCCUGAAGAUGCUUGAAAUUGAGUUUGAAUUGUUGCAUAGUGGUAUCAGUUCUUUAUUUGGGAAGGAUGUCAAAAUGCAUCAGUGCCUUUACUCUUCCCUGCUUCUUGUCCACAGCAGAGUAAAAAAAAAAGUCCUGAUUCCAAGAUCAUCCCUUCGCUGGCUGUGUUAGAUGUGCUCUUCGAAGAUCCUUGAUUUUUUUUUUCCACUUUGUUUAAUUUGAAUUUAUUAGUUGUAACAUUCUCCUAUAUAAAAUACAAGAUGCUAUCAGUUUUUUAAACAAUUAUUUUCAUGUUCAAGCUGUCCUGAGAUGGUGUCAUUAUUUUUGGGCAUUUGCUGUAAACAUUUGAGCCCGUUUUUAGAUUGCCUGUAACUUCGUUUCUCUAUGGAAAUCUGUUUUUUGAACCAUACGUUGAAUUCUCUAACCAGUUCAGCACAGCCUGAUAGCUUCUAAAACCGAUUUGAAGUGAAACUUUGGACCAACCUACAGUUACGAAUGGAUUGCUGUGAAAAGACGGUUUCUAUAUUAAAAAUAAAAAAUAAAAAAAAAAGCAGAGUCUUACUUGUAAUUGCCUGCUUCUAAAACAUUAUCAGACUCUUAAAAGAAGCUUGCCAAGCUGUGAUGUGCUUUUAGUGGCUGAAGUCCUUGUGUAAUGCAUUUCUUUUAGUAAAGCAGGGUAGGCAUGCUGACUUUGAGCUCACGGCUCUAGCAAGCCUCCUUGGUAUUGCUAAAGAUUUGCAAAAUAUUCAGUUCCCAAAGAGUGAACUACUCUGAUCGGUGCUGCCUCAGAUUAGGAGUUGAUUAAGCUCAUGGUGGCCCAUGGUACUUUGCUCUUUGUGACUUUUGAAUAAAAAGAAGUACUGCUUGGAGAUCACUUUUAUAUCCAUGUUAAGAUUUUGUUCCUUCGGUGAGAGAAAUGUGCUGUUUUGUGUACCAACGGCUAUAUAUUUUUUUUAUUUUUUUUUUGUUAAAUUGGCUUCAUGAAGCCCAUUAAACAAAUUUCUGAACAUGCUUUGGAUUCAUUGACCCGUAAAGAUUAUUAACUACACACUGACUUAUGGGGACCUGUCAAAGGCUGAAGUUUUACCUGGAUGGAUUUUAGUUAAUCUUAAAUCACUUAAGAGGGUUUUUGGUGCUUAGCAUCUGGAAUAAAAUUUUCGGAAUAAUCUGGGGUUACAGAAGAGUAGUUGGGAUGGAUAAGUUUUGCCACGGUCAGUAAUGUGUAAUGCUUCAUUGCAUCCAAGCGUUCUCUGCUAGCAAUUUUGGAAAACCAACAAUGUCCUUGGAGAAUGAAGUGUUGUGCCUACCAACUCAAGAGUCCUCUGAGAUGAAAGCUGCUCUCUUGACUAGGGCAAAUGUGGAAAUAGUCCUGUAAUGUGAGGUAACCACUUUUGAUCUCCUGUAUGCAUCCUUCCAACAAUUUUAUUGUCCAUCACAUUUUUCUACAAAAUUUUGACCAGUGUUCUUUCCUCAAGCUUUUUAGCUGUGUAACUCCUCAAUAUUGUUCCUCUUUACCAGAAAUGUGCUUUAUACUAAACCAAAAGGAUUGCAGUUUCUCUAUUUGUAAUCUUAAACUUGUCCCAUAUCUGUAAAUGCUCAAUCUCCCAAUAUUACUACCAAAAAUGUCAACCUCAAAUGGCCUCAUUGCCUUUUAAGGCACUGAUGCUUGCCUUGGAAAAACAGUCUAAGCUCCUUGCUCAUAUUCCUUACAUAUUUAUUGGUUUCUUCCUUGGCCCAUUUAUCUAAACUGUGCUAAUACAGUUGCUAAUGCAUGUUAAUUUGUCCCUUUUGUAUCUUUAUUGCAUACUCGCAUACCUUAUCUUAUGUUUCAGGUUGAAGUACGUGAAACAUAGAAGUUUAGGCUGAGCCAGUGUUUACCAGAUCAGUGUCUGGGACUAAUUUGAAUGCUCUGAGUAUUGCUAAGAGUUUUGUCUGGACGUGGAUGAAUGCUCUGCAGUGCAAGCUCACAAGCCAAGCUUCAGCUGUGAUCUCAGAAUCCAGAAGUCUGUACUUCCUUAUAGAUCAGGUUGUGAAUGUAAUGGAGAAAAAAUGGCCCAAUAAAAGACUUGCAGUUCA